AUGGAAGUAGAGCAGACCAACUCGAGCGGAAAUUCGACAGAAAUUAAGGACAGCAUUUUAAGCGAUACACUCCAGAUGGCCGUCACGAUUGUACUUCUGGUUUACAUCUGUACCGUCAACACGUUAACGCUGGCUACGGUGCGUCUAAACAAAACCUUGUGGACGGUACCCAACAUGUAUAUUGUAUCGCUGGCCGUGGCCGAUCUACUCACUGGACUGACGGUCAGCUUUCACGUGAUGCACUUCAUUCCAGAAGUGAAGUGGAUGCUCGACCAGAAUAAGUACCUCCGUCUUUUUCGACAUUCUCUCUUCUUCAUCAUGCUUGGGGGUUCGCUUACCAACAUGGUUCUUGUUGCCUUCGACAGAUGGGCGUGUAUUACGUUUCCUUUUGAAUACCAGCGGUUGGCCACCAUCCCAAAGGCAGGGAUACUGAUUAUGUUCGGCUGGAUUUUCUCCAUAUUCUUCGGAACAGUUCCACUGUAUAUCAAUAACUGGAAACCCGGCGUCCGUUGCCUGUUUUUCAAGGUACUCAACAUGGAAUUUCAAGUAUACGCCCAAGGAGGAUAUUUCAUUAUGUGUUCAAUUAUAAACGCCAUUUGCUACGGUCACAUAUUUCGUAUUGCCAAACAACAGAAAAAGGUUUUGCUCCGGCUAACCCAGGUUGGCGACAAGCAGGCUAAUAAGAAAAGAAUGAUGACGUUCAAAAGAGACUGGGAGUUGGCCGUAAUGUUUAGUAUUGUCUUUGGUGUCUUCGUCCUUUGCUGCGCUCCAGCUUUUUUCUACGUAACCAUAGCAUACACUGUAGGGGUUCCGGAAAUGGUAAAGAGCUUCACUGUUCCGCUCCUUCUUACGAACUCUGGGAUGAACUUCGUUAUAUAUUCGGUGAAAAACUCGAUGUUUCGAGCGGCACUGAAAGCUACGUGUUCAAACCGUAGAACUACGGUAGUUAGACCUAUGAACUCAUCUUCCCCUUAA